CGCAGAUUUAUGUAGUCAAACCACAAACGCUCAAGAAUUUUUUCAAAUGAAAGUUUUGGGAUUUACCAAAGCGCGUUUAAAGUUUAAUUUUCUUUAAAAAAAAAAAAAAAAGCAAAACAAAUCUGUUAAUAAGAGUUUUUAAAAUUUGGGAGACAAAAUUUGCAUUGUCAGCACUAUUAUCAAACCUGUAUAAUUUGUAAUGAAAAAAAAAAGACAUCUUCUAGCAUAGAUUGCAAGUAUUAGAUCGAUUUGUUUGUCUCAAAGUUAAAAAAUAUAUAAAUGAUGGCAAAAUUAUCUGCGAACAAAAACAUAGGCAGAACUAAUUGUGUCGCAAUUGAUGACAGUGAGUCGAGUCAAUAUGCUUUUCAGUGGUACAUUAAAAAUUAUCAUAAGCCUGAAGACACCUUAGUUCUCAUUCACAUACAUCAGAUUCCGCACACUGGUGCAUUUGGUUUAAUGUACACAAAAUUAGAACAUUCAGAAAUAUUACAAACGACAUUGGAAUAUAGCAUUAAAAAAAGCAAAAACUUGAUGUCCAAAUAUGCAGCAGAAUGCAUAAAGAAUAAUGUAAAAUAUAAAUGCGUUUUAGAAGAUGAUAUAAAAGCACCAGGUCAAAUGAUUUGUGACAUUUCUAAAGAAAAUGAAGCUAAUCUUUUGGUUAUUGGUCAAAAACGCAUAGGCUCUGAGUUUAUUGGAAAAACUUGUAACUAUGUCUUGAAGAACUCAUCUACUCCAGUGUUGAUGGUUCCAUACAGUUGGAGAUUAAAAAAUAGGAAAAACAGUUUGAAUAUGGAUUAAGAUAUAUUUUUAUUUGA